AUGGAAGAGAGAGAGAGAGCCUUCGAACCAUCUCUUAUCUUCUUCUUCCUCCACAACCACUAGAGUCAUCAAUCCCGAAACGAACGCCUCCUCCGACACGACAGAGACGAAACCAUCAUCAGUUGAAGACAACGAAGACAGCUUUGAAAACAGAGUCGCACAGGUGAAACUCAAGUAUCACAGCAUGAUCGGAAAGAAAGCCAAUGCCAGGAAAGGUAAGAGGUUAUCAUCAUCAUCCAAGACCAAGAAAGGCGAAGUAUUCUUGCCGCUGGCACCUUUGAAGGAGGCGGUGUCAGAGGAUUUGAAGGUGGAUUUCGGCUUCUACCCUUUCACUGAGCGGCUCAACAGGAGGUUGGCAGCUCAGGGACUGGCGGCACUGCUGCUAGUGGCAUUGGGUUUCGACAUGUCUCAUUAG